AUGUUCAGUCAACAUGGUAAUGGAGAGCGAUCAGAUAUAUUGGAUGAGACUGCACGUGCAGUUGGUAAUUGGUUUUACGGUACAUAUGGGACUAUGGUGUCACGUCUUUGUCGGAUUUCCGUCAGAUUACGGGGGAGUGAAUGGGAGGAUUUUCAGUUCUCAUUUCUUUCAAAAGGUGCAAGCAGGUUUAAUGUACAUUGGUAUUUGCCGGACGGCUGGAUCUGGGUGCAACACGGUGUUCAGGAGCGUAUGUGGGAUAGCGUUGAGAGCUAUUCCCUUUCAAUUCCCUCAAGCGAUGUGUCUGUGUCGUUUUGUCACUGGUGGUGCCCUUCGAAAAAUAUUACUUUUCUCUUGGUUAUAUACAUCUUGCAUGACUUGCUAUUGCUAUCUCAUAUCAUUCCUCUGCUUCUGUCCCCAUCUGCUCAUUGA